GAGCGAGCUGAGCAGCGCAUGCGUGGUACGUGUGGCUGGGGAAUUCAUGUGGAGGUCAGAGUGGAAGCAGGUGUGAGUGGGGUCCAGCAGGAGGCGACAUGGCUGCCAAAGUGUUUGAGUCCAUCGGCAAGUUCGGCCUGGCCUUAGCCGUGGCAGGAGGAGUGGUGAACUCUGCCUUGUAUAAUGUGGACGCUGGGCACAGAGCUGUCAUCUUUGACCGGUUCCGUGGAGUGCAGGACAUUGUGGUGGGAGAAGGGACUCACUUCCUCAUCCCUUGGGUACAGAAACCUAUCAUCUUUGAUUGCCGCUCUCGACCGCGUAACGUGCCAGUUAUCACUGGUAGCAAAGAUUUACAGAAUGUCAACAUCACCCUGCGCAUCCUUUUCCGGCCAGUCGCCAGCCAGCUUCCCCGCAUCUUCACCAGCAUCGGGGAGGACUACGAUGAACGGGUGCUACCGUCCAUCACGACGGAGAUCCUCAAGUCCGUGGUGGCUCGCUUCGAUGCCGGGGAACUGAUCACCCAGAGAGAGUUGGUCUCCAGGCAGGUGAGCGAUGACCUCACAGAGCGAGCAGCAACCUUUGGGCUCAUCCUGGAUGACGUGUCCUUGACGCAUCUGACCUUCGGGAAGGAGUUCACAGAAGCAGUAGAGGCCAAACAGGUGGCCCAGCAGGAAGCGGAGAGGGCCAGAUUUGUGGUGGAGAAGGCUGAGCAGCAGAAGAAGGCGGCCAUCAUCUCUGCCGAGGGCGACUCCAAGGCAGCCGAGCUGAUCGCCAACUCGCUCGCCACCGCGGGCGACGGCCUCAUCGAGCUGCGCAAGCUGGAGGCCGCGGAGGACAUCGCCUACCAGCUCUCGCGCUCCCGGAACAUCACCUACCUGCCGGCCGGGCAGUCCGUGCUCCUGCAGCUGCCCCAGUGAGGCCUGCCCGGCCCGCGCCUCCUCGGGCCGCCUGGGCCACAGCCCCGAGGAUUCUGAACACCGCCGUCCUUCUGCCCCUGCCCCAGAAAUCACUGUGAAAUUUCAUGAUUGGCUUAAAGUGAAGGAAAUAAAGUGGAAUCGCUUCAGAUCUCUAAUUACUCUAGCAGACGAAGCUUUCUCAUUCUUCCCAUUUCCACCCACUUUCUGAGCCACCUCCUCCCCCCAGAUUGCCAAGUGCCUACGCAGCCCGGGGCAGAAGAAAGGGCUGUCGUGCACAGCACGGGUCUCCGUGUUUUCCGGCGGUUCCGACACAGGCCCGGCUGAAGAGGUGCCAGGGAGGGUCAGAGAGGAAGUAAUCUGUCUCUUGCCGUAAGGCUGAUGCUCUCGAACUGUGGGAACUGUGGGGCCGGCGGAAGCAGGUGUGAACAGCUUGAAGAAUCUGCCCCUGUGACGGUGGGUGGGCCUGAUUCGCUGCCCCCCCCCCCCCCCCCCCCAGGGUCCUGCAACUGGGACGGGCUUGGACAGCGAGCGAGCGGGCCUGGACUGAGAUGUGAGUCCGGCCGAAGGCUUCCUGUCCACCCCCCACCUCGGUGUCUCAGGACACCCGACGGAUUCCAGCUUGAAGGAUUGCAUCCUGCCGGGGGCCGAACGUGCCUGCCAAAGACGUGCAUCCUGUGCUCCUGGCUCCCUCGUCCAGAGACUGCCCUUCUCGAGGGCUCUGUGCCUGCGCUUUGAAGGAGGCGACCUUGGGAAGAAAGCGAAUGUGUGUAAAUUGCCGUCAAUAAAUGACACCCAGGCCUUCCAGCCCGGUCUUAAAAA